UUUUCGCCUAGUCACGAGUUUUAUGUUAAUUGAGAACUUAUGUCCGCAAUUGCAAAAUCCUCAAAAAAUUUGCGGACGAAAAAAAAUUUGCGGACAAAAAAUUUUUUUGCGGACAACAAAAAGUUGCUUACAAAAUUUUUUGCAGACAAAAAAAAAUUGCGGACAGAAGAAUUUUUUGCGGACUAAAUUUGUUUUGAUGAAUAAUAGAGUUGCAAAUGAACUUGUAAAAAAAGAUUUAAAAUUGCCCAUUGAAAUAAUUGAAGAAGGAAAAGAGCCCCAAUUAUUUUGGCAAACCUUGGGAGGAGGAAAGAAUAGAAAAUAUGAUAAAAAUGCAGAUUUUAUGCAACAUACAAGACUGUUUAGAUGUACAAAUGAAAAGGGCUAUUUUUCUGUGUCUGAAAAAACUGUUGAUUUUUGUCAGGAGGAUCUUGAAAAUGAUGACGUUAUGAUUGUGGAUGAUGGCAAUUUUGUUUAUAUAUGGCUGGGAACUGGUAUAAACAUUUUGUUUAAUUUUUUUCUGAUUUUUUUUCUGGUUUCUUGGCCACAAUCCUAGUUUUUCUGGUCCGGGUUGUUUCUGAUUUUUAAAUCAUACGGGGUUUUUUUUCUGUUCUGAUUUUAUUUUUCAAAUUCUGAUAUUUAUUCUGAAUUGUGAUUUUCUUAUCAAAAUUCGGAUUUCUGGUUUUUGAACCAUAAUUCUGAUUUUUCCUGUCCG